ACGCGUGCGAAUUUUACCAUUGGCAGGGGGUAUCGAGGGUAGGAGCCAAUCUGGCGACAGCGGAGGUGGAGCGAUAGGUAUUAAAUAGGCGAGCGACGGUUGGAGUUCGGGUAAACGCGCCGUACGUAAUGGGUUGUUGGUAUUUCGGAUAGUGGUCCGUUUGUGGUGGCUCUUCGAGUUGUCGGUACCGUCGUAAAUCGCGAUAAUUCCUCUCGUCGGCGAGGUUCGAAGGAUCAUCCGGUGCAGUGUCGCGGCUGCGAGUGACAACGAGUCCCGCGAAUACCACCGAGAGCUAGUAAACUCAGUUACCGGUUUGCCAGUGCCGGAGUCAGUCACCAAGACGAAGUGCCCCAGGUAUAAACCGAGAAAGCCAUGCCGUCUACAAACGGCUGUCACCGCUUUGUCUGGGUCCUCGUCAUCCUGGGAUCCCUUUUCCUCGAGGAUGUAGCGCCGGUUCGCAUCAGGACGAACACCGUCAAACGGAAGAAGGAAGCUCUCGGCGAUGCCAUUGACCAAUCGACAGCAUCGUCUUUCUGGAGUCCAGCCAUCAAGACCGGAAAUGUGUUCCAGACUCCGGACGAUUCCUCCAACUUCUUCUCUUCGACCCACGGUAUACUGCAAACUCACCCAUUGGGCACCUCCUUCCAAAGCGGAUUCGGAGGCAUCGACAACCUUGGUAGCAGAGGUUCCACCGUGAGGCCACCCAGGACUCGACCACUCGACUACAGCGAGCGGGCCACCGCCGAACUGAGACGUAAUCCAUCCCUCUCGGCACCCGAUGAGUGUGCUCGGGCAUGUCGCGAGGGCGACCCUCCAAGGAUUUGCUACUACCACUUCACGUUGGAAUUCUACACGGUCCUUGGAGCGGCCUGCCAAGUCUGCACUCCGAACGCCACGAACACGGUGUGGAGUCAUUGCCAGUGCGUUUUGGCAGACGGUGUGGAGAGAGGAAUCCUCACUGCCAACCGAAUGGUGCCUGGACCAAGCAUCCAGGUCUGCGAAAAUGACAAGGUCGUUAUAGACGUCGAGAACCACUUGGAAGGAAUGGAGGUUACGCUGCAUUGGCACGGGAUUUGGCAGAAGGGGUCGCAGUACUACGACGGUGUGCCUUUCGUAACUCAGUGCCCGAUUCAGCAGGGAACUACAUUCAGGUAUCAAUGGACCGCCGACAAUGCCGGUACUCACUUCUGGCACGCUCAUACCGGUUUGCAAAAAAUGGACGGUCUUUACGGAAGCAUAGUGGUCCGCCAGCCACCCAACAAAGAGCCUAACAGCAACCUGUACGAUUUCGAUCUGACAACGCACGUGAUACUGAUCAGCGACUGGAUGCACGAAGAUGCCGCUGAACGAUUCCCGGGACGUUUGGCCGUCAACACUGGUCAGGAUCCGGAAACUGCCCUGAUCAACGGAAAAGGACAAUUCCGGGACCCCAAUACCGGUUUCAUGACCAACACACCGCUCGAAGUAUUCACCAUCACGCCAGGCCGCAGAUAUAGGUUCAGGAUGAUAAACUCCUUCGGUUCCGUUUGCCCGGCUCAAAUAACGUUCCAAGGACACACGCUGACCCUGAUCGCUACAGACGGAGAACCAGUUCAUCCCGUAAACGUCAAUACGGUUAUUUCAUUCUCAGGUGAACGAUAUGACUACGUAAUAAACGCUGACCAGCCUCCGGGCGCCUACUGGAUACAGCUUCGUGGUCUUGGAGAGUGCGGAAUAAAGCGAGUUCAGCAACUGGCUAUCCUUCGUUACGCAAGAGGACCUCAUCAGCCGAGUUCCGACCCACCGACCUACGAUGUCGGGCUUCCCCAAGGAGUGGUCCUCAAUCCGUUGGACGCCAUUUGUAACAGACCGCGUGAUGACGCAGUUUGCAUAAACCAGCUGAAAAACGCCCGCCACAUCGAUGAGGGAAUCCUGCAAGAAAGACCAGACGUCAAGAUAUUCUUACCGUUCCGUUUCCUUUUCUACAGACCCGAGGAGGUCUUCCAACCAAACACGUACAAUCGAUACUUGGUCGCGCCAACCGGCGAUCACGUUAUUUCACUGGUCGACGAGAUAUCGUUCACUUUCCCACCGUCGCCGCCGCUUUCCCAGAUCGACGAUAUCCCGCCGGAACAAUUCUGCAACGGUGACAAUCGUCCGGCCGAUUGCGGUGCGAAUUGCAUGUGCACUCACAAAGUUGACAUCCCGCUUAACGCCGUAGUUGAAGUCGUCCUGGUCGACGAAGUCCAACAGCCGAAUUUAUCCCAUCCGUUCCACUUGCACGGAUACGCCUUCAACGUGAUCGGCAUGGGCAGAUCCCCCGACAAGAAUGUGAAGAAGAUCAACUUGAAGCAUGCCCUUGAUCUCGACAGGCGAGGUCUUCUCAACAGACAGUUCAAUCUUCCGCCGUCGAAGGAUACAAUUGCUGUGCCAAACAACGGUUACGUCGUAUUCAGAUUCCGGGCCGAUAACCCUGGUUACUGGCUCUUCCACUGUCACUUCUUAUUCCACAUAGUGAUCGGAAUGAACCUCGUUCUCCACGUUGGAACUCACGGAGAUCUUCCACCUGUACCGCCAAACUUCCCAACGUGCGGAGAUCACCUACCACCAAUAACGCCGCCGCUUUCGAUCGGAAGCUCGAUUUACCACUGACCCUAAAUCACAUAAUACCACCACCACCAGUAGCACUACUCUCUACUACCACUCUCAAUGAAGCUCAGACGCUGAGACACGCUGGUCCAAAGCACUUUAUACUUGUGGUAUGAAUUACGAAGGCAAGGUGUACAAAUGCAUGCUGCUGAUCUUUGCAUCCACACUCAAGGUAUAUGCUUACUGGUAACUUUUGUCUCAGCGACGAAUUACUUCGUCGCGUGCUUUCCUUAGACUGCCACGUCACCGUACCGAACGCACCUUCGUACCAUUCUGAAGAAAGUAUGAGAAAAAAUCUUUUGUCACCGAGAUAAAAGUCACCAAUGAGCAUCUACCUUUAAGGAUACUUUUCUCUACACGGAGAGAAAAAUCUGAGAAAAAUUACCCUGCUGUUACUAAUCGUGAUGUAAAAGACACCUAAUGCAGUUUUUAUUGAUGCAUGUUACAAAAAUUAUGGGUUUUUAUGAAAAAAAUUACUACCUUGCUUAGAAACUAUGUAUUUCGGCAGCACAAGAUUUAAAAUGUGACUACGCAUUUUUCUGAUGCAGCACGGUAAAAACUGCAUUAGGUGUCUUUUACAUCACGAUUAUAGUAACAGCAGGGUAAUUUUUCUCAGAUUUUUCUCUCCGUGUAGAGUUGGACAAGGAAUCGGGGCGUUUUUGCAUCGCUUCUGUAUCAUUCUCUUAUUCCUCAUUUUCACCCUUACCCCACUCUCUUCGUCCUAACUGAACUGAAAAAACUGCUCCAAACCCAUUGUACGAGCACAACUUUUGCACGAUAUCAAGUACUUAAAGUGCUUGCUAUACCGGUCAUCGACCGUGUCGAUAUUUUCUCCCUGUCCCUCCCUCACAAACUCCUUACUUCAUCUUAUUUUAUUUCAAUUCACCUUUUUAAUGUUAUACACAAGUCGGAAGAUCCUGAGAGAGACCUUGACAAUGACAAUGGGAUCGAAGAUAUUUAUUUAAACUCGCGGUAUUUCGCGCGAUUUAUUUAUUUUUUACUACGUCAUUUAUUUUCAAUUCUCUUUUCUUCUUCUUCUUUUUCUUCUCCGCUCUGGUGCUUCAUCAUAUUCUCACGAUUGAUUAUUCUUCGCAGAAUAUGUAUACCGGUUUACGAAUAGGUGUACGUAUAUCGAAUCAGAGAUGAGUAAAAUGGGAGGAAAGGUAUGCGAAGAAUAUCACGACGGCGCUAUUUCCUUCUGUUUUUAAUAUAUAUAUAUAUAUAAUAUAUUCAUGUUGCAGCUCGUACUCAUACGGUAUAUCCAUGUGUGCAUGCCGACGAAUAGAUCGUUAAUGUACCCAUGCAUGUACGUGUACGUACGGAAGUAUGUGUGUGUGUAUGUGUGUAUUUGCACGCGUGUGAAUGAUUUUAUUUAAAUGAAAAGUUACUUGAAAAUACAGCGACGAUCUACGAGAGAAAGAAUACGAACGCAAGAAGGUAAGAAAGGAGAAAAGAAUGAAAGAAAGAAGGAUUAGAAUAAAUAAAAUAAAGCAACAAUGUGUGAAUGUGUGAACUAACAUAAUUCUGUAUAUAAUGUAGUGGUAGAAAAAUAAAAUUUAAAUCUAUAUUAAAUUUAUUAUAAUAUUAUAUUAUUAUAUUAUUAACGAGGGUGGAACUGGGAUAAUAGUCUGGAGACACGUCUUGAGGCGAAUUCCGCGUGAAUUGAAACAAAUCGUCACGGAGUUCAGCUCAUACGUUCUCACUUCGACGACUCUGGUCUGGUGUUACAUUCGAUAUUUUCACCUUUGAUAUUUCAACCGGCACAAAACGCUAAGGAUUUCGAUAUUUUGAUACGCUUGCUUCGCUUCGUCUUUCCACAAUUCACGCAAUAUUUCUCACCCCAUUCGCGCUCUUUACGUAUUUCAUCAUCCCUUUCUACGUCUUCGUUUGAAUAUUCAACCACCUGUCCCUUUCACCUUUAUAUACUAUCCUCGACUCGACUCGACUCGACUCGACUUGACUCUCUUAAUCUUUACACUCACGCAUCACGCUCCCUCUUCUUCUCUAUUUUUUAUAGUAAUCUCACCUCAUGGACCAAAGCAAUGCCAAUAUCGUGCCUAUUGUCAUAUACUCGUAUUGUGUAAAAAGCAGCUGUUACAUAUUUACUCAGGUAGAUCGUGGAACGAGACCCGAGUCGACAACUGUUAUUAGUUCGAUAUACACAAUUAAUCGCGCACCAAGUAGUCACGUGGUGCGAUUGUCAGGGGACUUGUUUGCCAUACCGUCUCCGUCUGUCCAAAUCACGAUUUCUAUCUUUUUUUUUCUCUCUCUCUUUUGUAAUUCUUCUCUCAUCUUAUUUUCAGUUUCGUUAUUUAUUAUUAUUACUAUUAUUACUAUUAUUACAAUUAUUACAAUUAUUAUUAUUUUUAUUUUUAUUAUUAUUAUUAUUAUUAUUAUUAUUAUUAUUAUUAUCAUCAUUAUUAUCAUCAUUAUUAUUAUUAUUGUUGUUGUAUUACUAUUAUAGUCGAAUUGAACGUUUGUUGUUUUUCUAUCACGUUUCUUUUUUUUUUUUACUUAUCUCUAUGUCGGGGUCUAAAAUUACCAGGCUACUUGGUACUCCACAAUUUGUAUUCAAUUCCCCGGUCUUGAUACGAAUCGGGGUUGGAUUUUUUUCCUACGCGUUUAUGUACCGUAACUGCUGAUUAGACCUGAGUGUUGACCUGCAUCACCAAUGCGACUUCGAUGAUUUCGAAUAUCAGAUACGCGAUGAACCUUUGCGGGCUUUUAUAUGGUUUUAUGGGCGAUUAAUUAUCGGAAUCCCCGUAGCGUCCGAAUAAGUAUAAAUACGGGACGGGGGGGUGAUUGACCACCGGACAGAAAAACGGGCAGUCGAUCAAUCAGACCAAUUUUUCACCGGAAGGAUUAACAGGGCUAUAAUUGAAGUAACACGAUGUAUAACGUUAUGUAUAUUGCGAUACGUUUUUGUAAUAAGAAUAUAAUGAUAUUGUAUAGAAUUUGAAGAACGGGCGAUAUAUCGCGAGCUGCUGGUCGGUCUGUCGACCAAUGCGGUUCUAUAACGCACGAUCUGACAAUUAUUCGUUAGGAUAAAAGAGAUAUGUAUUUUUAGUAAUAAAGUUGUUUUGAAAACUGUUA